GGAAAAAAAUCAGAAGUGAGGAGUCUCUAUCAUCUUCACAGAUGGACCAGCUGCAGAUUACACAUGUGACAGAAUGUCAAGAUCAAGAGAAGUUGAUAUUAGAGCACAACUACUCAGCAUCCUGCACAUUUAACUGUACUCAAGAAAUGCAGCGUCUCUCAACAGAAAUAGAACACCUGGAAAAGGAAUUACAUUCGCUAAGAUUAGAGUCUAGUAAUAGGAAGCCAAUGUCAAUUCACGAUAUUAAGGACAGUGAAGAGAAGAUAUUUUUAUAUACAUCCCUACAGUAUGACAUAUUCGAAAUCUUAGUCAGAUUGUUACAACGGUUUGAACUCGAUUACUAUAAUGGCUGGACUCCUUCAAUGGAAACAGAGGACCAACUACUUAUUGUACUGAUGAAGUUAGAACUCAAUCUUCGGGACAUUGACUUGGCCCAUAGAUUCUGUGUCAGUCGAUCAACAAUUUCGAACAUCUUCCAUACCCUUGUUCAUGCACUACACGAGAUGCUGUCUGAUGGCGUAGUCAAUGAAUGUUUUCCAAGUCAACUUAAAUGCAAAGGGUCUAUGCCAAAAUCUUUUGAGGAUUUCUCCUCUGCUAUAGCUUCCAUGGAUGCAAUUGAAACUACUCAGGACAUCCCAACACAUAUGGACAGUCAGGCCAUGGCCUACAGUACCUACAAAAGUCGACAUACUGUUAAAGCAGUGACUUGCGUGGCUCACAACGGUGCACUUACAUUUUGCUCUAAGCUGUAUCCUGGCUCCAGGGCCAUAAAACUUAGAUGA